AUGGGUUUAGAAUUUCCUUCUUCUACUUUCAUAGGAAUUGAUAUUGAUUCCUCCAACUUUCCACCACUUGAUCGAUGUCCAUCAAAUGUCUGUUUUCUUACUUGCAAUGCUGCUCAUGGCAUUCCAUUUCCUCCUGACACUUUUGAUUUUGUUCAUAUAAGUAUGAUGUGGUGUGCCUUUUCUGAAUCUCAAUGGUUAAAUCUGAUCAAGGAUCUCGUUAGAGUUUUAAAAUACGAUGGUUGGAUUGAAUUCGUUAAUCCAAAUCCUUGUUCUAGAAAUCCUGGGAAGGCUGAACAAUUGCUAUUUGAGUCUGGUGUUGAUAUUUCUAUUUAUGAAAUGAUACCGAAAUAUCUUGAGGCAGUGGACGAACUUGAUGAGAUAAAUUGCCUUUCUAUAGAUUAUCCUGUAGGUGAACAUUUUGAUUGUUUUGGCAAAUUUGUAAAAAACAUUAAACGAGUAUAUGAAAGUAUCGUUUUUCUUCCAAAGUAUAUGGGAAUGUCUAGUGAGGAAUUUAACGACUUAUUGAAUGAAUUUUGUAAGGAAGUAAAUGAAAACAAACCUUCUUUUGAUAUUCAUAGGCAAUUUGCCAAAAAA